GUAGCAAAAACAAAAAAGCAUGCAACUCGAUAUCCUUCUCCCUCAAGCCUUGACCGGGCACAACGCCACAACUCCCCUCACCUACUAUAUACCAUCACCAUCACCAAACCUUUCUCUCUCUCUCAUACUCUCUGUAUAAAUUCAGUUGCCUAAACCCCAACAACGUACAAUUCACGACUGUCUCGUGUGCUACUCCCAACAUGUCGUCGGCAACACCGCCACCCUUCCCCGCCGACAGCAAAUACACUUUCUUCAACCACGUCGACAACACAUUAAUGGAGCCCAGAAAUAAUCCUCCUCAAAAACCCAAACCUCACGUCUCUCCCACGCUCGGAGAGCUCUUGAAGCGAGUCGAAGACGCACAGUCUCCGGCUCACCGAGUCCUCGACGUCUCCUACGCCGGCAGCUCCGUGCCUCCCUCCUACCCUUUCGUUCUCUCCUUUAACAACCUCACCUACAGCGUCAAAAUCGUCCAGAAGAUGUCGUUGCCGUCCUGCUGUUCCCGAAACGACGACGCGUUUGACUCCAUCGGCAACUUCAAGAUUUUACUCAACGACAUCUCGGGGGAGGCGAGGGAGGGCGAAAUCAUGGGGGUUCUCGGCGCCAGCGGGUCGGGUAAAUCCACGCUCAUCGACGCCCUUGCCGAUCGGAUUUCCAAAGAGAGCCUCAAAGGGAGCGUGACGUUAAACGGCGAGGUUCUGGAGUCGCGGCUUUUGAAAUCCAUCUCCGCUUACGUCAUGCAAGACGACCUGCUUUUUCCCAUGUUAACGGUGGAAGAGACGCUCAUGUUCUCCGCCGAGUUCCGCCUCCCCCGCUCGCUCUCCAAGUCCAAAAAGAAAGCCAGAGUGCUGGCUCUCAUAGACCAACUAGGCCUCCGAAACGCAUCCCAGACCGUCAUCGGCGACGAAGGCCACCGAGGGGUCUCCGGCGGAGAGCGGCGGCGCGUUUCAAUCGGAAUCGACAUCAUUCACGACCCGAUUGUCUUGUUUCUCGACGAACCCACUUCCGGGCUCGACUCCACCAGCGCCUUCAUGGUCGUGAAAGUCUUGCAAAGAAUCGCGCAGAGCGGAAGCAUCGUCGUCAUGUCCAUCCACCAGCCCAGCUACAGAAUUCUCAGCGUCUUAGACCGCCUCAUCUUCCUCUCCCACGGACAAACCGUGUACAGCGGCUCUCCGGCGGACUUGCCCCUCUUUUUCUCCGAAUUCGGGCACCCGAUACCCGAAAGCGAAAACCGAACCGAAUUCGCCCUCGAUCUAAUUCGCGAGCUCGAAGAAAAUCCCGAGGGAACCAAGAGCUUAGUCGAGUUCAACAAAUCAUGGCAAACAAAAAUUAACAGCAAUUUCCAUAACCGCCCGAAGCUGCUUUCCCUCAAAGACGCCAUAAGCGCCAGCAUUUCCAGAGGAAAACUAGUCUCCGGCGCACCCAGCAGCGGCGGCAGCUCUACUCUCGCAUCUUCGGUGCCGACAUUUGCCAACCCAUUCUGGAUCGAAAUCCUGGUGAUAGCCAAACGCUCCAUAACAAACUCCAAACGAAUGCCCGAACUUUUCGGAAUCCGUUUGGGCGCCGUGCUUGUGACGGGGAUUAUUUUAGCCACCAUUUUCUGGCGCCUCGAUAACUCCCCCAGAGGCGUCCAAGAGCGGUUGGGAUUCUUCGCCUUUGCCAUGUCAACCACCUUCUACACCUGCGCCGAAGCCAUUCCGGUCUUCCUCCAAGAGCGAUACAUUUUCAUGAGAGAAACCGGCUACAACGCUUACCGGAGAUCCUCCUACGUUCUCUCCCAUUCCCUCAUGUCCAUCCCGGCUCUAGUCUUCCUCUCCCUGACCUUCGCCGCCACCACCUUCUGGGCUGUCGGCCUUGCCGGCGGACUCUCCGGGUUCUUCUUCUUCUUCUUCACAAUCCUCUCCGCCUUCUGGGCCGGCAGCUCCUUCGUAACUUUCCUCUCCGGCGUCGUCUCCCAUGUCAUGCUCGGCUACACCGUCGUCGUCGCCAUCCUGGCCUACUUCCUCCUCUUCAGCGGCUUCUUCAUCACCAGAGACCGAAUCCCGCUCUACUGGAUUUGGUUCCACUAUCUCUCUCUUGUGAAGUAUCCGUACGAAGGGGUUCUCCAGAACGAGUUCUCCGACCCAUUCAAGUGCUUCGUGAGGGGCGUGCAGAUGUUCGACAACACGCCGCUUGGGAUGGUGCCUGAGACGGUGAAGGUGGAGCUGCUGAAGAGCUUGAGCGGCACGCUGGGCGUGAACAUCACGAGCUCCACGUGCGUGACCACUGGAUUGGAUAUUCUGAAGCAGCAGGGGAUCACUGAUAUCAGCAAGUGGAAUUGCCUGUGGAUUACUGUGGCUUGGGGUUUCUUCUUUAGGGUUCUCUUUUAUUUUUCCUUGUUGCUUGGAAGCAAGAAUAAGAGGAGUUAAUUACACUUAAAUUAAUUAUUA